AGAAAACCCAUUUCUCGGUCAUCCUAAACAGAAUACCGCCCCGCUCUCUCAUUUCGUCGUCGAAUCUCUGCAAACGUCGGACGGCGAUCGCGGUGAGGCUCCACCGUCUUUUUCCCUUCGAGCGUCGUCGACAGAACAGAGGUAUGGAUGAUGAAAGACUCAAAGACAUGGCGGCAGGUUGGGGUGUGUUAUACCAUGAUAUUUUGGCAAGGGAUAGGCAAGAGCUGAUAAGCUUUUAUGAUGAAGCGUGCAUGGAUUUUGAUGGGGUCCGUCUUGGGACCCCGGAGGCCAUUGCUGCGUUUGUGAACGGUUUGGAUAGAUUCAAGUUCCAUUUGGAUGAGUUCGAUGCGUUCGUUGACCACGUCGCUCAACGCAUCUACGCCUCCUUUGGUGGACAGUAUGGGAGGGAAGAGGACGUUGUGCUACCAUACAACUUCAACCAUAGUUUUAUUCUGCAAAUGACAGCACAGCAGGGAGCAACCCUUGUAUUUUCCGUCUUCCGUACGGAACCAGAUGCCAUGGAUGAAGGACAGGCAGCGGAGGAGGAGGAGGAGGAGGAGGAGGAGGAGGAGGACCGAUCCCAGUUUCAGGCACUACUGGAGAAAGUGGGGCUCCCGGAUAUGGAGGAAGGCAGGACAGCGCCACCAGCAGCGGCGCUGGAUGCUUGAAGCGCUCCCAGCUUUGCUUUACAUUUUAUUAGACUGAAACUCAUUUUGUCUGUAUAUAGAUGUGUGCUAUGCAUACAACAAUAGCUAAUAUGAUGAUGUUUAGUUGAGUUUGAAGCUUAGAUGUAAUCAAUGGCACCCAGGACUGCGAAUUAAGGACUACUUUUAAUACCAAAUGGCCAUUUUAGCUCC